AGGAUAGGCCCUUGUGUAUUUGAAGGGCAUAGCCUGAUAAACAUACUCUGUUUUCAUAUUACUUCUCCUGUCAUCUUACAAGUUGUAUUGCAAAGUGGAGCUAGGCAGAGGGAAGGUGGAGAAUGACAUCAUCUUGAAAUGUGCUAUGGCUGCAAAGCUGACCAUCUGAAAGCUGUAAAAUCAAGCUAUAUUAUGCUGUAUCUUUUCUGGAAGGUAGAUACAAAGUAAUAGUAAUAGUGAUAGUUCUGAGCUUGCAGAAGUUGCAGUGUUCACUUUGAGAAUGGGACAACAAAUGUAAGCCAUGCUUUCACUUACAUAAGUGUUUUCUGUUAUGAAAUUCAUAUGUACUUAAUGUAGAGUGCCAAGCUGAUCACUACAGCUUUUUAAAAUAGAAAAGCAGGUGGAAGAAAUAGAAAGAUUUACCACACAGCUUGAUCUCUCCCCCUGAAGGAGCCAUUCAUCAUCAGCACCGGCUGAGACAAACUGCAAAACGAGUUUCCCUUCGUGGCUGUGAUUGGGCUUGGAGAGGUGGCAGAGCUGCACGACAGCCUCGGGAUUGGCUGGGCGAGAAUACACCUCUGGAAUCUGUUUGUUUCCCAAAAAUAAGAUACAAUCUCUUAUAUUUCGCCUAGAGAUCUUUUAUCUUGCAUUUAGUAUACAAAUAAACUAGUGCAAACACAGUUAACCUCUUUGGAACGGCUGUAGUACUUUAGAUGAGGGGAAUGAAUUCAGGGUUUGGGAGUUUUGUUUAUUGGGUUGGGUUUUUUUUCUUCCUUAUUUCUCCUGAGUACAAUGAGGCCUGUGUGAGUUGUCUAGAUCUGUUUGCAUUUUCCUGGGUGGUUAUAUAUGAUAUUCAAAAACUUUCUUGUAUCUUAACUAGAGCUGAAAGUUGUUUUCAGACUUUAUAAUGUAUUGACUUCAGCUUAUAAUGAAAGCAGUUAUUCUUUUAAAGCUGUUCUAUACAAUAUUUACAGUUGCAGUACUGUCUUUCACUGUUUUUGUAAAUAUCAAGUUGCUAUUUCUGAUCAUGUUUUAGUGAGCUAUGUCUCUUUUCUAAAUUAUUUUAAUCAUUAAAAUAGAUCUGGAAUUUUCUUGGAAAUUUUUUUUUUUAAGUUAGGGACCUAGAAUGUUGUGAUACCCUAUGUAAAAUAGCUCCAGACCAUAACUGAAUGAGAGAUUUGAUCAGUUGCAGUCAGUGUAUGUUCCAGCUGAGUAAGUAUCUGGCAUAACUGAAUACAUCGGAACUCAUUAACCUACUUCCUGUCUCUAAAAAAAAUUUAAAAAAAAAAAAAUCAAGGGUAGAAAAUUAUAUGGAAAAUACACGUGACUUUUGUUGUGGUUCAGAUUGGAUGCAUACAGAACCAGAAGGCUGUGAAAAGUUAGUUUGUGAAGGAGGACCUUGUGGUUGUUAUCAAGUAACAAGGAUUUGGACAAGCACCAGAUACAGAAGUAUUGACUCUAGGGGUUAUUGCCUUCAGUAGAAGAGGCAAAGAUACAUAGGAGCAUGAGAAUGGAAAUGGAUGAGAGGGAAGAUUAAAGGCAAGAGAAGUUGACUACCAGAAAGCUCUUAAUUGGGUUUUGCUUCUGUUGUAUCUUAAAUAGGGAUAAAGGCAGUAGUUAGUAAUGCUUGAAUUGCCAAUCAGCUUUUGAACAAGCACCUGUAUUUUUCUUAUCUGUAUAGAAUUAACAUGUCAAGAUUUUUAAAAGAUUAGCCUUGAUAUGUUAUUGGUUUAGAAAUUGGUGAGAGUUCUUGUUUUGUUGUCUUAAUCGACACUCUUAAACUCUUAAAAUAAUUACUGAUACGAAUUUAGUUCCUAAAACUGGAAGCUGGUAGCAGAAAGCUUCAACAAGUGUGAUUGGAUAGCAGAUGGCAUUUCAGACUGACAACUGCAAGACACGUGCGUAAGGGGAAACAAAUUCUUAUUUUACAUACUUUGAUGGGCUGGGCUCUGUGUUUACUACUCAGAAAACAGUGAAAUUACAAUAGAGCUGUCUGUUCAAAUUUUCUAAUUUCUAAUUCCUGUUAAAGAAUGAGAACAGUGCCAUUUCCUACUCAUAUGGAAGAAUAAAGAGUUUUCAAUGUCAUUGUUGGGUGGUAGGUUGUAAGCAAAACGAGAUGGCUUUUUAAUUUAUUUUUUUAAGUAAGGCACAGCUAAAUUUUGAAACUUAAUUUCUUUAGGCUAGUGUGGCUGGCAGUAGCCUAUACUGGUUCAGACAACUACAUGGAAACUGGGACAGGCUUUUGUAAGGGUGUUAAAUGCACUGCCCAUCUCUGACUUACUAUGAGUGGCAGGUUGCUGGAGGCAAGCAAGCAGCCCCUUAACAAGGCAAGUGGGCUGUGAAACUUCCACCUUAUGCUGUUUUCUGGGCCUUUGGUAUUGGUUGCUGUUCUUUCUAGCACUAACCAAGGGAUGAUUGUGCCUUUGUCCCAAACGUGGGAGUAGCCCUCCCUCAAAAACAUAGUGAGCCACACUGCUGGGAGUGGAUUGCACUUGCAAGUAGAAAGGCCAAGGGUCAGAAGUGUAAAUGAGGGCACACUGAGUGAAGCACCUUGCUGAAGGAGUCACAAGGAGGGUUGUUAGUGGCCACAUGCUUUUUCUCAGUCCUCUGCUUAGCAUAUAUGAAAUGAGAAGUGGGGAACACAAAGCAAACUCCAGAGUGGCUGGGGUAGCUGUGACUACAGCAGAAGCAUUUUCCCCAAUGUUUUAAGCCCUCAUGUGGGGAGGGAUAUAAAUAAAUAGAGGAGGGGAGCAGUGCAACAAAAAUCCUAAUAUGGUAUUUUAAGGAAUUGCAGGAGAGUUGGCUUUUGUUCCCAUCAACCUAAAAAACUUGGACCAGGUUUCAUCUUCAGGGGUAAAUAUGUUAUUAAGAUAAUAUUUUAAAAUUCUUGGAAGAAUUGAUAAAGAGGUUUGUUUUAGUAAAUGUAUUUCAAUAAUAGUGGGAGAUGGAUAUCCAGAGACACUGAUAGGACAGAGCUUAAUGUUGGUGUGUUUGUUGUUUUAGUCAGAGAGGCUAUCACCUCACAUUUUACCCAAACAGUGUAAUAUCUCUGUUUUUAACAAUUGCGUUUUGUCAUUUUUUCUUUUCAAUUUGUAGAGCAGUCCUGGAUUUCUGUCAGAUCACCACUUAUUUCCAGUACUUUAAAGAUGCACAAGGCUUAGUAUUGUAAAAGGAGUCCUUAGAUUGCAAAUGGCUCAAAACCCAAGACUGUGAUUGAGAAAAUAAAGCAUAGGGAGGACUUCGGAAGCAGAGUUAUUAAUUUUGCAGGAACUUGGAAUAAGAAUUCCUAGACCACUGGGACACGGACCAAGCAGAUUCAUCCCUGAGAAGGAGACAAUUCAAGUGGGAAACGAAGACGCCACGAUGCACACGCUGUUUGCAGAUUCUUUUGCCACGCUGGGCCGACUGGACAACGUUACCUUGGUGAUGGUUUUCCACCCGCAGUAUCUUGAAAGCUUUCUAAAAACUCAGCACUAUCUGCUGCAAAUGGAUGGUCCCCUCCCGCUUCAUUACCGACACUACAUCGGGAUAAUGGCUGCAGCACGACAUCAGUGCUCUUACCUUGUUAAUCUCCAUGUGAAUGACUUCCUUCAUGUCGGUGGAGACCCCAAAUGGUUGAAUGGUCUGGAAAAUGCACCUCAAAAACUGCAAAAUUUAGGAGAACUGAACAAAAUGUUGGCUCACCGACCCUGGCUUAUCACCAAGGAACAUAUUGAGCAACUUUUGAAGACUGAAGAGAACAGCUGGUCCCUGGCAGAGCUGAUCCAUGCAGUUGUUCUCCUUACGCACUACCACUCCCUUGCUUCCUUCACGUUUGGCUGUGGGAUCAGCCCAGAGAUCGACUGUGAAGGGGGUCACACUUUCAGGCCCCCUUCUGUCAGUAACUACUGCAUAUGUGAUAUUACUAAUGGUUACCACGGGGUGGAGGAAAUCCAUGCCAGCCCAAAUGGAAAUAAUCCACCUACAGAGUCGGUCUGUGAAGUUGAAGCUCUUAUGGAGAAGAUGAAGCAGCUACAGGAGUGCAGAGACGAAGAGGAGGCCAGCCAGGAGGAGAUGGCUACACGUUUUGAAAGAGAGAAGAGAGAAAGCAUGUUCGUGUGUUCUUCAGAAGAUGAAGAAUCUGCAGCAACAAGAGAUGUGUCUCGUCACUUUGAGGAUACCAGCUAUGGUUACAAAGACUUCUCCAGACACGGAAUGCAUGUGCCCACCUUUCGUGUUCAGGAUUAUUCCUGGGAAGACCAUGGCUAUUCCUUGGUUAAUCGUCUUUAUCCAGAUGUGGGACAGCUACUUGAUGAGAAGUUUCAUAUUGCUUAUAAUCUGACUUACAACACAAUGGCCAUGCACAAAGAUGUGGAUACCUCAAUGCUAAGACGAGCUAUUUGGAACUAUAUUCAUUGUAUGUUUGGAAUAAGAUACGAUGAUUAUGACUAUGGUGAAAUUAAUCAGUUGUUGGACCGCAGCUUUAAAGUUUACAUCAAGACUGUGGUUUGCACUCCUGAAAAGACCACAAAAAGAAUGUAUGAUAGCUUCUGGAGGCAGUUUGAACACUCUGAGAAGGUCCAUGUAAAUUUGCUUCUGGUAGAAGCUCGGAUGCAAGCCGAACUACUUUAUGCUCUGAGAGCUAUUACUCGCUAUAUGACCUGAUGUCUCCGGCUGCCUGUCGACGUUGGAAUGUUCUGCAGCUGCAGUGUGGCAGAGGAAGAUACGAAGCCUCAGGACCAACAGUAGCUAUAAGUUAAGAUGCCCAUUGUGCCAUAACUCCUUUAGUUUCAGCUAUUUCCGUGUUUGGAAUAUCGUUGCUGCCACUCGGCAGUGAAUGCUUGGCAGUUGAAAAGACAGGGUUGUGCGGAAAGUGCUGCCUGCUCAUGGUAUUUUGGCUUUAGACAGUACGGGACAUUCUAUGAACUUGUGGCAAUAUAGCAAACUAUAGAUAUAUAGAUCUUGUGUUAAGGCAAAUACUGCGGGAGUUGGAGCGCGAAAAGAAGUGGGACUUGAUGACAUUUGCUUUCCCUACAAGAAUAAUUUUAGAAAAUCUUGAUGCUGCUAUUUGUGCAGGUGGAGUGAACAGACUCAGGCUGUUCCAGUUAAGCUAGAAGUGAAAGUGAGCACUGCUAUUGUCUGAGCCUUUACUGUGUGUGGUUUCAAAAAUGCCUUGUUAUUUAGAUUCCCUUUUUAAUCAGAACUAAACCUCUCUGUCCACACUGAUAAUCUGAAAGAUAGCAGUCAAUUUUCUCAACUAGUUUAGCCUUAAAAUGCUACAGGACGUUUGUUCAGCAUUAUUUUGUGAGCUCCAAAGUGCAAUGGUCUUCCUAUGGAAAAAAGGGGACUGGAGUCCUCAGAGUUUUUUAGAGAUCUACCUACGCAAAGUGUCGAGUAGCUUCUUGUCCUCUUUUUCACAAAUGAACCAGGAAGGAGAUAGGACAAGGUGUGGGAAUGUUGUUCUAGACUGCCAAACAGUCCUACUGUAUUACAUGCCCAACGCUGGUCUUACUGAUUUUUGCAGUUGCUUAAAUAACUAGGCUAAAAACCAUCUAUUUUUAGUAAAUCAAAACGUGAUUAAAAUGCUGACGUUUAAUAUACAGUGGUUUUGGAGAACACAUGAGUACUUUUGUAUGAGUGUGAAUUGCUUUUUAAAUUUGUCAGUAUUACUGGUAUUUUUGAAAUAAAGGUAACAACUUUU